AGCCAACUAGCGUGCGGAUAUUCGCUGCAGGUUUACGCUAUCAGUAAAUUAGGACAUGGCAGCCUCGCGAGCAGCUUGAGAGGUGGACGAGCGACGGACGGCGUUGCCUAAAUGAGAUAAAAGCGCGUGAUAGUGGCGGUUUCUGUUUGCUCUCCGUUGACGGAGGUUGUCGGUACAGACAGAAAUACCAACGAGGAAAGACGAGGCUAGCACAGUAAUAGUAGUCUGCUCCGCUACACCGCGAAAUGCUCUCUUCUAUGCUGAGGAUCUGUAUCCUACUAAUAUGUCUGCAACAGUGCGGUUAUGUUCACGGCUCCAGGGCAGAAUGUGACCCCAGCCAGUUCCAGUGUGGGAACGGCCGCUGCAUCCCCUCCGUGUGGCAGUGCGACGGGGACGAGGACUGCUCCGACGGCAGCGACGAGAACACGUGUGUGAGAAAGACGUGUGCAGAGAUGGACUUUGUGUGCCAGAAUGGCCAGUGUGUCCCCAAGAGGUGGCACUGCGACGGCGAACCGGACUGUGAAGAUGGAUCGGACGAGAGCGUGGAAGUCUGCCAUGCCAGGACGUGUCGUGUGAAUGAGUUCAGCUGCGGCGCAGGCUCCACCCAGUGCAUCCCCGUGUUCUGGAAGUGUGACGGAGAGAAGGACUGUGACAACGGAGAGGACGAGUUUAACUGUGGUAACAUCACCUGUGCUCCCCUGGAGUUCACCUGCGCCAGCGGCCGCUGCAUCUCCCGCAACUUCGUGUGCAACGCCGAGGACGACUGCGGGGACGGCAGUGACGAGCAGGACUGCUCGCCGUCCUCCUGCGCGCCCUCCGAGUUCCAGUGCGGCAACGCCACCUGCAUCCCCGCCAGCUGGGUGUGCGACGACGACGUGGACUGUCAGGACCAAUCGGACGAGUCCCCUCAGCGCUGCGGCCGCCACCCCACGCCGCCGGCCAAGUGCUCGUCCAGCGAGACGCAGUGCGGCUCCGGGGAGUGUAUACACAGGAAGUGGCGUUGCGACGGCGAUCCGGACUGCAAGGAUAGCAGCGACGAGGCCAACUGUCCUGUGCGUACCUGCAGGUCAGACCAGUUCAAGUGCGAGGACAGCAACUGUAUUCAUGGCAGCAGACAGUGUAAUGGUCUGCGAGACUGUGCAGACGGAUCAGAUGAAGUGAAUUGUAAAAACUUGACCCAGUGUAACGGACCAGAUAAAUUCAAGUGCCGUAGUGGAGAGUGUAUUGAGAUGAGCAAGGUGUGCAACAAGGCCCGGGACUGUCCUGACUGGAGCGAUGAGCCUAUUAAAGAGUGCAACCUAAACGAGUGUCUCCUGAACAACGGAGGCUGCUCACACAUCUGCAGGGACAUGGUGAUUGGCUACGAGUGUGACUGCACCCCCGGAUUGCAGCUCAUCGACCGCAAGACCUGUGGGGACAUUAACGAAUGUCUGAACCCCGGCAUCUGCAGUCAGAUCUGCAUAAACCUGAAGGGGGGCUACAAGUGCGAGUGUCACAACGGCUACCAGAUGGACCCCACCACCGGAGUCUGCAAGGCCGUGGGUAAGGAACCCUGUCUGAUUUUCACCAACCGCCGGGACAUCAGGAAGCUGGGUCUGGAGCGGAGGGAGUACACCCAGAUUGUGGAACAGCUCAGGAACACGGUGGCCUUGGACGCCGACUUCAACCAACAGAGGAUCUUCUGGGCCGACCUGGGACAGCGCGCCAUCUACAGCUCGGCCCUGGACAGGCGGGGAGACGUGCGAGCGGUUGGAAACCACACCAAGGUCAUCGACAACAUCCAGACGCCGGUCGGCAUCGCCGUGGACUGGAUCUACAAGAACAUCUACUGGUCCGACCUUGGGACGAAGAGCAUCGCCGUGGCCAACUUCAACGGAACCAAGCGAAAGGUCCUCUUCAACAAAGGCUUGAAGGAACCAGCCUCCAUCGCCGUGGACCCGCUCUCUGGCUUCCUGUACUGGUCGGACUGGGGUGAGCCUGCCAAGAUAGAAAAGUCUGGCAUGAAUGGAGUGGACCGCCAGGUUCUGGUGGACACAGACAUCCAGUGGCCCAAUGGCAUUACCCUGGACCUGAUCAAGAGCCGUCUGUACUGGGUUGACUCCAAGCUGCACAUGCUCUGUAGCGUGGACCUGAACGGGGACAACAGGAGGAGAGUGCUCCAGUCGUCAGACUACCUGGCUCACCCCUUCGCUCUCACGGUCUUCGAGGACCGUGUGUUCUGGACGGACGGGGAGAACGAGGCCAUCUACGGAGCCAACAAGUUCACAGGGUCAGACGUGGUGACUCUGGCCAGCAACCUGAACGAGCCCCAGGACAUUAUAGUCUACCAUGAACUCAUCCAGCUGUCUGGUACCAACUGGUGCAGUGAGAAGGGGGAGAACGGGGGCUGUAGCUUCAUGUGCCUGCCGGCCCCCCAGAUCAACAAACACUCUCCCAAGUUCACCUGUGUGUGUCCCGGGGACCAGGACCUGUCUGCAGACAGCCUCCGCUGCCGGCCAGUGGCCUCUCCCCCUCCCGCAGAGGAUGCUGGGAAGGCGCUGAUGCGUCCGGCAGCUGAGGCCAACGUGAGCACAUCCAUCCAUGAGGUCGACUCUACAGCUAGAGGGUCUGCUGCUGCGUGGGCCAUCCUACCUGUCUUGUUGCUGGCCAUGGCGGCGGCCGGAGGAUACCUCAUGUGGAGGAACUGGCAGCUGAAGAACCAGAAGAGCAUGAACUUCGACAACCCCGUCUACCUGAAGACCACCGAGGAGGACCUGAACAUCGACAUCACCCGCCACAGCUCCACUGUGGGCCACACAUAUCCUGCCAUCUCAGUGGUUAACACAGAUGAUGACCUCACCUAACUGAUUUCUUCAACACUCCCUGGCAGUUUACUGCACCUCUGGUUACUGUGCCAACGGUUGCUCCAGCGACCAUAUGCCUUCAGAAGUGCAUUAGCUUGUUGUUGUUCAUCAGGGGUAGCGGACUUGUCUGUCAUGUGUGAAUGUGCUAAUGAUCUGUAUCUGAAUCACACACGGUAUGUCCAAAGUUUGUUGGGAUCCUGGGGGUGUGGCCUCUCAAAUCCUCACCUCUUCCUGCCCCGUCCCCAAAUCAUGUGUCAAAGAUUCUAUUCCGGCCUUCUCUUAAGGUCUCAUAGGUCAACCUGGUUGCUAGGUGAUGCGGGGGGGGGGUCUACCAAGCGAAGCAGUCUUUGUGAAUAUUUGAAUAUUUAUCAAAGACACAUUUUAGACUGAAUUGUCUUUAAAGAUGUACGUUUCUUUUCUAUUUAAGUGCAUUACCUCCAGACCUGCUUCUCCAGCUUGUCUCUGUGCUGAGGCCUAAGCAGGGGAGCAGUGGUACACUACAGCAUUUGUAAACAUUGUACAGCCCCCCCACCACCAAGACCAGAAUCAGGACUCUGAUGCACUUUGAUCUAACGCUCCUCCACUGUAAAUAAGAUUGUAUACAUUUGACUGAAAUCAAUUUUUGCAAUGGUUGGUCAUAGUACCAUGGGUAGACUAAGAUGUAUUUAAAAAAAGAAAAUUGAAAAAGAAAAACAAUUUGUUAAACUAUUUUCUAUGUGUGCCGUCUGUGUGACUUUUCUAGCCUUGUACAGGGGGGGUUGAAACGCUCUGUAUCGUGAAGAAACUGAUUUGCAAUCACUUCAAAUUAAAAACUAGAUCCACAGUUAUUCA